AUGUCCAGGGAUGAGAUAAUUUUUGAUCCUACUAUGAGCAAAAAGAAAAAGAAGAAGAAGCAUUUUAUAUUAGAUGAAGAAGGUGAUGCCCAGACAGAAGAAAGCCAGUCCUCAGAGACAAAAGAAGUGGAGCCAGAACCAACUGAAGAGAAAGAUGUGGAAGCUGAUGAAGAAGACAGUAGGAAAAAAGAUGCUUCUAAUGACUUAGAUGACUUGAAUUUCUUUAAUCAAAAGAAAAAGAAGAAAAAGACAAAAAAGAUAUUUGAUAUUGAUGAAGUUGAAGAAGUUAUGAAGGAUGUUAAGAUUGACAGUGAUGCUCAGGAGCCAGCUGAGCUAGAAGAUGACCUUGAUACUAUGUUUGGCAAUAAUAAUAAUAAGAAUAUUAAAUUCCCAGAAGAUGAGAUACUAGAAAAAGAUGAAGCUUUAGAAGAUGAAGACACCAAAAAAGAUGAUGGUAUUUCAUUCAGUAACCAAACUGGGCCUGCUUGGGCAGGCUCAGAAAGAGAAUACACAUAUGAGGAGUUGCUGAACCGAGUGUUCAACAUCAUGAGAGAAAAGAACCCAGAUAUAGUUGCUGGAGAGAAGAGGAAAUUUGUUAGGAAACCUCCACAGGUCAUCCGAGUAGGAACCAAGAAAACUUCUUUUGUCAAUUUUACAGAUAUCUGUAAACUAUUACAUCGUCAACCCAAACAUCUCCUUGCAUUUUUAUUGGCAGAAUUGGGUACAAGUAGUUCUAUAGAUGGUAAUGACCAACUUGUAAUCAAAGGAAGAUUCCAAGAAACAGAAAAUGUCUUGAGAAGAUAUAUCAAGGAAUAUGUCACUUGUCACACAUGCCGGUCACCGGACACAAUCUUACAGAAGGACACCUGACUCUAUUUCUUACAGUGUGAAACCUGUCAUUCUCGAUGUUCUGUUGCCAGGAUCAAAACUGGCUUCCAGGCUGUCACAGGCAAGCGAGCACAGCUCCGUGCCAAAGCUAACUAAUUUGCUAAUCACCAUUGAUUUUUCCAAAAUGUGUUGGAGAUUUGGCUGAACAGGUUACCAUCAGAGUGGAUGUACCAUUGAGUUAAA